AUGUCGACAAGUGCAGAUGUUUUCCAAAUCGCCGCCCCCCUCUCUGCAGGGGUGGGCUAUGGCAUCGUUGUGGGCGUCGGUGCCCUCUUUGCCAUUGGCAUGUCCUUGACCUCCUGGUUGCUAAGUACCUACAUGAAUGAGAUCCAAGAUUCCGAAAUGUUCAUGACGGCUAAACACUCGGUGAAGGCAGGUCUAACUGCCUCCGCUGUUGUUUCAUCUUGGACUAUCGCCACUACACUACUCACUAGCACUACCUAUGGCUAUAGCUAUGGCGUCUCUGGUCCUUUCUGGUAUGCAGCCGGAGCCUGUGUUCAAAUUCUUCUUUUCUCCGUCGCAGCUGUAGAGCUGAAGCGAAAGGCUCCGAAUGCACAGACGUUCUUGCAGGUCAUCAAAGUGCGGUAUGGAAGUGCUGUCCAUAUCCUUUUUACGUUGUAUUCUGGCGUGUAUCAAAUCAUCACGACUGUGAACCUCCUGGUCGGUGGUUCUGCAAUUUUCGCCGCCGUCACCGGCACCAACCGAGAUGCCAUCUGCUACCUUUUCCCUAUUGGAGUGGUUAUCUAUACCUUGAUGGGCGGUAUCAAGGCCACCUUCAUCACCGAUUGGGUUCACACAGUUCUCAUCUACAUCAUCAUGCUUGUGUCGCUAUUCGUGUUUUACACUACCUCUGAUAUUGCAGGAUCUCCAACUCGAGUUUGGGAGCUUCUUCAAGAGGCCGCCACUCUUCACCCCGUAGCUGGAAAUGCGAACGGUCAAUAUCUCACCAUGCGAUCCGAAGAAGGAGGCUAUGUUGGCCUGGUGUUCAUCGGAGCAGGAUUCGCAGCAUGCGUCGACAGUCAACUUUUCCAGAAAGCGAUCGCAUCCGAUCCGCGCACAACGUCGUUGGGCUAUAUUAUUGGCGGUCUUUCCUGGUUCACCAUACCAUUCGUUUUAGCAAGCACAUAUGGACUUGCUGCUGCAGCUUUAGAGCAUCUACCUAGCUGGCCAACAUACCCAAACAGGAUGAAUGCAUAUGAAACCGCAUCGGGUCUCGCAAUGCCCUACGCAGCCAUAGCACUCAUGGGCAACGGCGGUGCAGUAGCAGUUUUACUUAUGAUAUUCAUGGCAGUUACGAGCGCAAUGUCAUCCGAAACUGUUGCGACAACUGCACUCGUGACUUACAAUAUCUACCAAGCCUACAUCAAGCCUGACGCAACCGGUCGACAGCUUCUUUACUUUUCGCACUUUAUUACAGUCGGGUUUGCCAUUUUUUGCUCGUCUAUUGCCGUUGCGUUCAAUCAUGGAGGUUUUAGCGUUGGAUUUCUUAUCACUGCCAUUGGUAUCUUCGUUGACAGUGCCAUCGUCCCCAUGGCUUGUACCAUUAUGUGGAGAAAGCAGUCUCGUAUCGCAGCCUUUGUGGUGCCUGUGAUAGGUUCUAUAGCUGGAAUCAUCGCAUGGUUUACCCUUACGUAUACUACCUAUGGAGUCAUUACUAUCGAUACACUGAGUGGAAACCUCCCUCUGGUGGCUGGAAAUAUCGUCGCCUUGGGAUCGCCCCUGAUCUUGACCCCUCUCGUCACAUAUAUCAGCCCAGAGAACUUUGACUGGAAUAUCCUUAAGGAGGAGCUCAAACGCGGUACAGACGAGAACAUAACCGUUAGUGCCACAAGCCCGGAACACGCUGCAGCACUAAUUCAAGAGGAGAGACGCGAGGAAGAGGAGAACGAAAAGUCUCUGAUAAAGGCCCGAAAUCGCUCCCUGUUCCUUGGAUGGUUCCUCACUAUCUCGUUAGUUAUUCUCUGGCCUAUUCCUAUGUAUGCAUCAAGCUAUAUCUUUAGCCCGAAAUUCUUCACUGGCUGGGUUGCUUUCCUGUUUAUCUGGGCUUUCCUUGCUACGGGUGUUAUUGUCUUCCUACCGAUUUGGGAGGGCUAUGACGCCAUGAUGCUGGUUUUCAAACACAUGAUGGGCAAGGGACAGAAAGCUCAGGGUCGGAGCGUAGUGACUAUUACUCGUGAAGGUCUUGAGGAAGCAUCUGACGCUUCAACUGAGAGAACCAAGCCCUAUUCGGAGAAAGAGAAGGAUUAUCCUUGA